AUGGAUGAAAAGGGGGUCUCAGGAGUAGUUUUAAGUUUUCCAAUGAAGAUCAUGUCAUGGAAUGUAAGAGGGUUGGGGAGGAAAGAUAAAAGGGGAAAAAUUUUGAAGUUGGUUAAGGAUAAAAAGUUGGAUAUGUUGUUGUUACAAGAAACUAAGAAAUCCAAUGUUGAUGAAUUGCUCGUGAAGUCCUUGAGGCCACUUGAUUCUUUGCAGUUUUUGGCAGUGGAUUCGGUGGGAAGUACAGGGGGCUUGCUACGUGUGUGGAAUCCUGGGGUCUUCCAGAUUUCAGAGUGCUGCAGUUCGAGGAAUUUUUUACUUCUAUCAGGUAUUUUUAAGCAAUCCUUUGAGUGUGUAAUUGUUAACAUCGAUGCUCCUAAUAAUGUGAGGAGUAGGGGUCAGUUAUGGGAAGCAUUGGGAAGGCUGAAGUCAUCUUUUCACAAACCUUGGUGUAUUGGAGGGGAUUUUAAUGAAAUUCGAUUUUUGAAUGAAAGAAGGAGUUUCCUGAGAAGGGACAAAGGAAUGAUUGAAUUUAAUGAGUUUAUUGAACGUAUGGAGUUCUUAGAUUUGCCUUUGUUAGUGAGAGGCUUUACAUGGUGUAAUUCAGUGGAAGGAGAUAGAUGGAGUAGAAUUGAUAGGUUUUUAUUAGAUUCCUUGUGGCUAGAGAAGUUUAGCCUUAAGCAGUGGGGCCUUCCAAGGAGUUUUUUUGAUCAUUGUCCAUUGGUGCUGAUAGAGGAUGAAAGAGACUGGGGUCCUAGACCUUUUAGGUUCCUAAAUGCAUGGAGUUUGCAUCCUACUUUUAUGGCUAUGGAAAAGAAAUCUUGGACAGAGGCUGAGACUUAUGGUUGGGCUGGCUUUAGGUUGAAGGAAAGAUUAGCAUCUCUGAAGAUGGCAUUGAAGAAAUGGAAUGUGGAGGACUUCGGAAAUGUUGAUCUUCAGUUAAAAUCCGCUGAGGAGGAGCUCCAUGAGAUUGACUUAAAAGCUGAAGUUGGGCCUUUUCUGGACACUGAAAUUGGUGGAAGAAGAGAGUUAAGAAGUUUAGUAUGGAAGCUGAAGAAGAGAUUGGGAUGGAUCUGGCAACAAAAAUCUAGAAUUAAAUGGGCUCAAGAUGGGGAUAAAAAUAUGAGAUUCUUUCAUGUGAUGGUUAAGAGGAGACAAGGCAAGAAUUUAAUUGAUACAGUUGUUCAGAAUGGGGAAGUUAUUGGGGAACCAAAGAGGGUGAAACAAGUAGUGGUAGGGCAUUUUAGAAAACUGUAUUUUGAGGAGUGGAAAAGCAGAUCAAAGCUGGAUGGUCCUUUUAUUACCAUUGGGGAUGAUGAGGCAAAGAGGGAUUUAGAAGUAGAGUUUACAUUGGAAGAAGUGUGGGCAGCUGUGAAAGACUGUGAUGGGAAUAAAGCUCCAGGGCCUGAUGGUUUCAACCUUUACUGCAUUCAGAAGAAUUGGGAGGUGAUGAGAAGUGAAAUCCUCUAG